AUGUUGGACCCAAUGCGGGUGUCUUCAACCGCCCAGGGCGAUGGGAAUAACAGCAUCAGCCAGAUCGCCCCAGGUCACUAUCGUCCUCAUGCUCUUAUUCGAUCUGCGCAAACAAAUAAUCGCCAUGGUAGUGCUGCGCCGUUGAAUGUUCUCAAUUCUUCAGCUCCUAGCUCAAGGACGACGAAUAAGCCCACUGCAUUCCUCCCAUCAAGCACGGUACAGUCACCUCGAACAAUUGGUUCUGGUGUUCCGGGAUUCACUACAGCCUUUGAGCCUCCCAGCAAAAGCGGAGGGGCUUUUCGUUCCAUUGGUACUAAUGGGCAGGCCGAUUUUAUGGCAAACCCUGCCAAUGGAUCCUUCUCAGUCUCGUUGCCGAUUCAUACAUCGUCAGCUAGAGACAACUUUGGGCCGAAUUUACAGCUCAGCUAUUCGUCUGGUGCCGGAAAUGGAAUCUUCGGCAUUGGUUGGCACCUAAAAGGGUCCAGUUCUAUCUCUCGUAAGACUGCCAAAGAGAUUCCGAGGUAUGACGACCAAAAGGACGAGUUUGUCUUCGACGGGGACCUUGAACUCUCAUUGAAGAGCAACGGCAGUGUGGAUCAGGUGCAAAGGAAUGGCUUUUUGGUGACAAAGUAUCGUCCAAGGAUUGAUUCCCAAAUGCUCAUCAUUGAGAAAUGGGUCAAUUUGACUGACGCUGCCGAUGUACACUGGCGUACCAUUUCUUCUGAUAAUGUUGUUUCUAUCUACGGGCACACAUCAUCGUCAAGGAUUGCGGAUGGAAGCCGCAUUUUCUCCUGGUUGAUCACCCGUACCUACGAUGCCGUGGGCAACGCAAUGGAGUUUGUGUAUAAAUCCGAAGACGGGGUUGGACGGCCUACGCCUUUGCCAGUCUGGGAGCAAAACAGAUCCGAUUUCCAUCAAAAGUAUCUGAAAAGCAUUCUUUACGGCAAUAAGACACCCUUUCGUCGGUCUAGAGACGCCACGUCUUCGGACGAGGCUUGGCCAAGUAAUUGGAUGUUUGAGGCCGUGCUCGACUUUGGUGAACACGGGGGCGAUAUCCCUGUUGUAGAGGAAGUUGCUCCCUGGAAAGCUCGGCAUGACAUCUUCUCAAUGGCUAAUUCCGGAUUUGACAUCCGGACCUACCGGAUUUGUCGUCGGAUUUUGAUGUUCCACUACUUCGGUGACAAGAAGGAGGGCGACCUGGUAUCAUCUACUUCAUUCAUUUACGACGAGAGCCCCCAUCGCUCUCUUUUGACGUCGGCCACAACCAGGGGCUACAUGACUCGCACUACUGGUGAGAUAGAAACCGAAACAGCGCCCGCCACGCAGUUUCGGUAUAGCUCGAUUCCUGACCUACGUCAAAUCAAGAAAUAUAAAGCUCAGACAGCGAGCCUCGCCGACAUUCCGGGGCCCAAAUCAACAUCUGAGUGGCUGGAUCUCGAGAGUGAGGGAAUUCCUGGCUUACUCACGAGGAUGGCUGACGGGACACUGGUAUACCAGCGCAACAAUGCCGACGAGGGCUCACUAUUUUCCCCCCCUCGGUUGUUGGGUCAGCAACCUGUCUUAGGUGGAACCUUUGCGGAUUUGGAUCGUAAUGGGCAAUUGAAUCUCGUUUGUACAGAUGCGUUAGGACGUCCAAGCGGUUUUUACGAGCGCGCAGACUCUGAUACCUGGAGCGAGUACUCUGAGUUUCCAGAAACACCAACCUCUAUCGAUGGGUCUCAAAUGCAUAUUGACCUGACUGGAGACGGCGUCGCUGAUACCAUGUUCCAGCUGGGCAAUAGCGAAGACAUUGUCUGGCAGAAAUCCCUCGGCAAACUGGGAGUGAGUCUUCCUCAACGAGUUCCUCAGCCUCUGCUUGGCUGCCAUUUGAAUCUUCAAUCCAACCAGGACAGCCAAAUAAUGGUGGCCGAUAUGACAGGCGACGGACUCUCCGACCUGGUGGAACUCCGUGCCAGCAAGGUUAUGUAUUGGCCAAACCUCGGCCAUGGAGUUUUCGGCCCUCCUGUGGAAAUGGGACAAUCACCAGUGCUUGACGCUGAUGAUAUUUUCGACGUCCAACGAGUCAGAUUGAUCGACGUUGAUGGCAGCGGCCCGACUGAUCUUGUGUAUUUACUUCCCGGGGGCGGGGCAAAUAUUUACUUCAAUCUGGCAGGAAACUCUUGGUCGAGGCCGAUACUCGUGUCAAGGUUACCGCGCAUUGUGUCGCCUUCUUCAGUUUUCAUGCUUGACAUCCUCGGCCAGGGAACUGGGUGUUUAUGCUGGGCAGACCCCAACUCAAAUGAUAUCAACUACAUCGACCUGAUGGGCGGAGCCAAACCUCACGUACUUCGCGAAUUCUCCAACGAGCUCGGUGUAGAAACUAUCGUCGAUCACGUCCCUUCGACUCAUUUCUUUGCCAAGGAUAGAGCUCAAGGCACGCCUUGGACCACAAAACUUGGGUUCCCUGUGCAGUGCGUGAAGAGGGUGAGGACCCUCGAUCAGAUCACUGGAUGCGAAUCCAUCACUGAGUACGCGUACCACAACGGAUGCUAUGAUCCGACGGAAAAACAGUUUGCCGGAUUCGAGAUGGUCGAGCAGUGGAGUUGGGAGAGAACUCCGCUCGGGGACGGUAUCUACGAGAGUCCAGCAGUCUACACCAAGUCAUGGUUCAGUGUCGGACAAAGCCUGCUUCCCCAUAGCCAGCACCAAUUCUGUACUCCUCCACAGAUUUUCUCGGAUGCCCCAGAUGAUACUGGGGCCUAUCUGGCUCUGCGUGGCUCUCCUCUGCGCACGGAGACUUACAGCUUAGAUGGGACGUCUCUCGAGCAUCUACCAUAUUCCGUCUCGGAAAUGUCAUAUACGGUGAGCAGGCUGCAGAAAAAGGUCACCAACAAGACCAGAUACGAUGUUCUCCAACUGCUGCCUCGCGCUUUUUUGACCUCCGAGUUUGAUCGAAGGAUGGAAGACCCUCGAGUGACCCAUCAGGUUGUUCUCAAGACUUCUCCUUGGGGAGACGUUGAACGCUCAUUAGAAAUUGUGUACCCCAGACGACAGGAGGGAGUGGCAUCAGUCAAGUCUGAAUACGCAGACAUAAAAAAGCGCCAACGGAUGGGACACACAUCUAUGAACCAAUCAUAUUUCACAAACGCAGUAGAGGACAUCCCGGGCUGCUUUCGACGACCAGUUCUGUGGCGCAGCCAGAGUUUUGACGUUGGCGGACUUUCGUUUCCAGCCGAUGGUGAGGUCUUUGGGAUAGAGAUGUUACAACAAAUGGAUUUCGGAACAUCGAAAAAAAUUCUCUUGGCCGAGCAACGAGCCAUCUUUUUGGGGUCUGCGCUGAAAGAUCCCCUGGAUCCCGGAGUCAUUCAAGCUUACUCCAUCCUGGACCAAACAUUCACUUUGGCCUUUACACCUGAUCUGAUUCAGGCUAUGCAGGAGGGUAUGAAGCGCUGCAAUGUCUCGUCUGUAGAUCUUUCCUCCACCCUGAAGAAGUGUGGCUACGUCGAGAUCAAAGACUCGGAUGCCUUGUGGGCACGUUCAGGCCGUGCGAGCUUCUUAGCAACGGAUGGUUCAUCUCAAUUGGAAUCAGCGUUGCAGUCAUUCUACUGUCCAACCUUAUUCACGGAUUCUUUUGGCAACCAAUCGGUCCUCACGCUAGACGAGUACCAUCUAAUGGCAGUCCAGGCCAGAGAUGCCAUGGGGAAUUGUGUGUAUUACACGAAUGAUUAUCAUCACUUGAAACCUGUGAUGAUAACCGACAUCAACGGCAAUAGACACGCCGUGCUUCUGGAUGCCCUUGGAGAAGCCCAUGCAUCCGCUCUCCUCGGUAAGACAGAUUCGAAGUCUGAAGAAGUGGACAGCCUUGUGGGUCUUGAGGCCGAAAGCACGAGCAGGAUCAGUCUGGGUAAUCUCAGAGAAGUUCUUGCUGACCCGACCGGUUCAACCGUGAAGGCUCUCUUAGGGAAUGCGGGGAACCGGUGCCUGAAAUUCUUGGACUGUCAGGUUGCUGACAACCUACCAGCCUGUCAAGUAAGCAUAACACGCGAUGUCCCGCAUAGGAGGUCCGCAGACCCUAUCAUUCAUGUCAGCGUGACUUAUCUUGAUGGUGCUGGUACCGCAAUCCGCAAAAUCUCGCUCAAUGACCCCGAGGAUGGAGACAGGCGUUGGAUCGUCAACGGCGUCAGUGCUCGGGGCGGGUCGGGUCAGGUCGUCAGGACUUUCAGCCCUGUAUUUGCGCCAAACGCCUCGUUUGUUCCACUCUCUCAGUUCUGCUCUGCGAAUGUAAAUGCAGAAACGGCAUUCGCCGAUGUUGUUGGCCGCCACAUCGCUCGGCUGGCACCAGACCACACGUGGUGCAAGUCGAAACAUAGCCCAUGGGCAGUGAACGAGUGGCAUGUUGGCGAUACUUUGUCAUUCUCGCCAGCAGACGAUCCCGAUGUCGGCCACUUAUUUGCGAGGAUUGCAUCUUCGAGAUUCCUGCCGACUUGGCCUGAAGCUGCGGGUCGAGACACCAGGGCGAUUACUCAGUCGAUGAGUUAUGCUAGCAGUUCUCCUGAGAUUAUUCAUUACGAUUGCGACGGUCUCCCGAUUCGUCAAGUCAAUUGCGUCAAGACUGGAAUAACAUACACCCGGUCCUUUACCUACGACAUCGCAGGGAACAGGUCACACGACUAUGAUUCGCUAGGUAGGCUUGUGGAAAAGGCUACAUAUGACAAGCUGGGAAGGGCCAUCUGCAUGUCAGGCAUGGAUGUCGGAGAGCAGUGGGUGCUUCCAGAUGUCAGUGGUAGUUCGACCAUGUCUUGGACCAGCCGCGGUAUCUGCUUUGGUUAUAGCUACGAUGCUCUCCGGCGAGAGACAGAACGUUGGAUCCUAGGCACUGAACCGAAACUACUCGUUCAGAUGAUAUACGGAGAAUUGCGGCCAGCUCGAUCCAAGGUCGACGAGCUUAACAUGCGAGGGCAAGUAUGGCAGGCUCGCGAUCAGUCGGGCGUUCACACAAACCUGAAAUUCGACAUGCGAGGCCGGUGCCUGGCUACUAGCUACCUGCCAGCUAAGAACUACAAGGGCACGAUUGACUGGAAAAUGGACAAGGACGACACGGAACGGGUAAACAGUGUUGCACUUGCGGCCCAGGGAUACGGCGCGCAGAGCAAGUUCGACAAUUUUGGUCAAGUCAUAUGGGAGCAAGAUGCCCAGGGCAACCAGACCCGCAGGCAGUUUUCCAGAGCCGGAAAUGCCACGAAGGUCGAUUUCCUUCAUGACGACGACGAUACGUGGAGACCCGUUCUUUCAGGCGCCACAUUCUCUGCCGAUGGUCUGCCCCUCGUUAUUGAUCAUGGCAACAGGAUCAGAGUGACGUACGAUUACGAUUCUAUGUCCCGCCGUCCUCUCUGCCGCAAAUCUGUUCUUAGUACAAAGACUGGGACAAACGUUAAGGAAGACAUGCAUUUUGUGCACGACUGCGCAGGCAAACUUGUGUACCAGAAAGACUUGGCGGCUGAGCCACUGUUCUAUGCAGGCUGUCGAGUCGCGGCGGAGUGGACAUGGAAGUAUGAUGGAGUCGGACAGCUCAUCGAGUCCACUGGCCGAGCACAGCUGGCUGAUGGACAGAAUCAGUUGGAACCCUACAGCGAUCGCAGUGGAAGAGUAUUUCAUGCCACCAUGGACAAGCUCUACAAGUAUAUCGAGAGUUAUAAAUAUGACCUGGCUGGUAAUAUAAAAACCAUGAAACACCAUCCGGUAGGAAUUCCGUCGCUCACCGGGUGGGCGCGGAAAUACACAUACGAGGAGCCAAGUCUGUUGGAGGGGCAGAAAGUAUUUGGCAACAAACUCAGUCACACAGUCGUUAGGAAGGCGAAGGAAACAUACACCUACGACGCUAACUCAGGAUGCGUGGCUUCCAUGCCAAAGUUUUCGCUUCUGCAAUGGAAUCUAGACAACAAGUUGUGCGCCGUAUCAAGUCAGAGGUAUGACAAUGGUACACCCAUAACGACGUACUACGCGUAUGACCACACUGGAGCCCGUGUGCGAAAGGUUACCGAGCAAGCAGCGUCUGCGGGCGAAGAACCCAGGCUCCAGAGCGAGACCAUUUUUGCUGGGAAUGUCGAGGUUCAGCGGAUUUACUGGGGCCGGGAUUCCAACAUAGACCCUGCGCACGAGCGUUGUAUGGCCAGUGUGACUACCAGUGAGGAGACUUUAGCCCUCGUCGAGACGGAGGACGACCAGGACCGGCCUCUAGUUCGCUUCCAACUCGAUAGUAGCGAAUACGACGGGCAAGCUAACCUGAUAUCCCACGAGGAAUGGUCAGCCUUUGGGACACCUGUCUUGUCCACAAUCGGGCGUGAUAUCCAGGCUCGACGAGAAUAUCGGCUGGCUCGCUACCGCUGGGAUCGAGAAACAGGCUUUUACGCCUGCGGUGCACGCUUCUACUGCCCAUGGCUUGCCCGUUGGACGUCGCCGGACCCCCUGGGCGACAUUGAUGGGCACAACCUCUACGCUUAUAUCGGCAAUGAUCCAGUCAAUGGUUCAGAUCCCUCCGGAACAACACCCAAAUCUCAGCGAACCAGUAGCUUACCGGCCCUUCUUCCUCAUGUAGGGGGGGUAGCAGAGCCGGACUUCUUGAAGAAGUCAGUUCAAAGAGCCGCACCCGGUUUCCUUCAACCCCUCGCAACGAAAAAUGUGCCCAGCGGGUACAACAAGAAGAAACUCCAAGAGUUGGGGAAGCAGGAUGAAGCACAAAAGAAACCAAUCAAGGUUUUGGGGUCCAUAGUGAACAACAAGGAAAAUGCUAACGACUUUCGUGAAGCUUUGGAUCUCCCAAAGCAGAUUCACGCAUGGAACGAGGAAGUACGAAAUGAAGUUGAUUCCCAGAUCCGCACUAUCGCGGAUAAGGUUCUUGAUAUCCGCGGCGAUCUGUUGGUCAGCCUGAAUAGGAGAUUCGGCAAACAAGACAAAAUCCCCCUGGCUGGCGAAGCAGGCCGCGAAAGGAGCAAAGGGGUUUUCAAACUUCAGCGUAUUGAGACAAGUGCGAAGGAGUUCAGCAAAGGCGAACGCCGGCGCAUGUUUUCCAAGCCUCUAUUGGCAAUGGAAAUGGAUAAGCGAAUCCAACUGGCUCAUAGUACUGUCGGGCAAGUAGAGAACUUUGUGGACAACUUAGAUGACGGGCCGGAUAAGCAGGCAGCCCGCAAGCAGGUGGAAGAUUUGCAAGGGGAGGUCAACAAAGCUGUCGACUUGUAUUCCACUGCUGUCAACCAGUCUGGGAAGGCAGCGGUUGGAGCCAGCCACCUUGUUACUAUGUAUGGGGCAACUGAACUGCAUAUAGACACAGGCGGCAAUGGAACCACGGGGCGGUCUGAGCGCAAGCAGAGAAAGUAUCGGAUCAGGAACAAUGCUAGAGCCCUCAGUCACAGGUAA